AAACAGGAAUCACAUGACUUCAGAGAAACUGAAACUGAAGUGUAGUUGAGCUGUUGUGUGUUUGUGUCUCCGUAUUCAUGCAGUAAAAUGGCAGAAGCCAGAUUUUCUCAGGAUGAGUUCAUGUGUUCAGUGUGUCUGGAUCUCCUGAAGGAUCCAGUGACCAUCCACUGUGGACACAGUUACUGUAAGAUCUGCAUUACAGGCUGCUGGGAUCAGGAGGAUCAUAUGGGAGUCUACAGCUGCCCUCAGUGCAGACAGACCUUCAGUUCAAGACCUGCUUUAGCUAAAAACACCAUUCUGGCUGAACUGGUGGAGAAACUGAAGAAGACUAAACUUCCUGCUGACUGUUACGCUGGAGCUGGAGAUGUGCAGUGUGACGUCUGUACUGGAAGAAAACACAAAGCCGUCAAGUCCUGUCUGGUGUGUCUGAACUCUUACUGUCAGAAUCACCUUGAACAACAUGAGAGUUGGUUUAAAGGAAAGAGACACAAUCUGACUGAAGCCACUGGACGACUGCAGGAGAUGAUCUGCCCGAAACACGACAAGAUCCUUGAGGUUUUCUGCCGCACUGAUCAGACGUGUAUAUGUCUGCUGUGUACGAUGGAUGAACAUAAAAACCAUGACACUGUAUCAGCUGCAGCACAGAGGACAGAGAAACAGCACCAGCUGAAGGAGAUGCAGAGGUCAUACAAGCAGAGGAUCCAGCAGAGAGAGAAAGAUCUUCAGCAGCUGAGAGAGGCUGUAGAGUCUCAUAAGCGCUCUGCACAGACAGCAGUGGAGGACAGUGAGAGGAUCUUCACUGAGCUCAUCUGCUCCAUUGAGAGAAGCCGCUCUGAGGCCACACAGCGGAUCAGAGAUCAGGAAAAGACUGCAGUGAGUCGAGCUGAAGGACGACUGGAGCGACUGGAGCAGGAGAUCAAUGAUCUGAGGAGGAGAGACGCUGAGCUGGAGCAGCUUUCACACACACAGGAUCACAUCCAUUUCCUGCAGAGUUUCCAGUCUCUCUCAGCUCCUCCUGAAUCUACAGACGUAAAUGAUGAUCCCUUCAGUUCUCUCUCCUCUUUUGAUGUUGUGAAAGAAUCUGUCCGUCAGCUGAGAGACAAACUGGAGGAUUUCUGCAAAGAGGAGCUGAAGAAGAUCUCUGACAGAGUCACUUUCACCAACAUUGUUCCCAGAACCAGGAACGACUUCCUACAAUAUUCCCAUCAGCUCAACCUGGAUCUGAACACAGUGAAUAAAAACCUGCUUCUGUCUGAGAGGAACAGAGUGAUUACUUACACUAACACAGUCCAGCCGUAUCUUGAUCAUCCAGACAGAUUUGAUGGAUAUAAUCUUCAGGUGUUAUGUAGAGAGAGUGUGUGUGGACGCUGUUACUGGGAGAUUGAGAGGAGUGGGAAUAAUGUGCAUAUAUCAGUGUCAUAUAAGAGCAUCAGCAGGAAGGGAUCGGGUAAAGAGUGUUUGUUUGGAUCUAAUGAUCAGUCCUGGAGUUUGAUCUGCUCUUCCUCCAGUUAUUCAUUCAGACACAAUAACAUAUUGACUGAACUGCCUAUAAAGCCCACCAGUCGUAGAAUAGGAGUGUAUGUGGAUCACAGUGCAGGAACUCUGUCCUUCUACAGUGUCUACAAAGACACAAUGAGCCUCAUCCACACAGUCCAGACCACAUUCACUCAACCGCUCUAUCCUGGGUUUAGGCUUUAUUAUGGAUCAGUGAAACUCUGUGGAUGAAUCAAUGAAUCCUGUAAUGAGUCCUCAUGUAGACAGUAAGAUCAAUGUGUGUGUGUUUGUGUGUGUCAUGAUGAGUAACAGUGUGUAUCUGUGCUUUUCUCAAACUCUAUUAGUGUUGAUGGUCUUUCAGUUCUUAUUGUAGUGUCACAUAAAUCAUUUUUAUUGUUACUAUCAAAAUUUACUAAUAAAUGUGAAAUAUAUAAAUCCAAA